GCCUUUAGACAGUCACACUUAAUUACAGGCUUCACUUCACACCCUUUGAUAAAUACUAGGGGUCAAAGAUUGUAUCGGCAGGUAAAAGGCAGAACAUAAGUCCUUAUUUAGAAAAUGUAUCCGGUGCGUCACCGCUGACUGAUCGCUGCGGAGCCACAACUUUGACAAGUGCGGGACUUCAUUUAAUCACCUCAUACAAAUGGGAUAAAGACGACGAUGGAGUUCUUCUGGGGGAAUAUCUUCUUCUUUAUACUAGUCAUUACUGACAGAAUCUGGAACUCACAGUCUUUCAACGUCGGCACUGCAGGUGCCAAGAUUUUCAGCGGACCAGCUACGGAAGAAUUUGGCUACGCAGUCCAACAAGCGACAAACCAUGAAGGCAAAUGGCUCCUGGUUAGUGCUCCAUGGAGUGGUUUCAGUCGAAACAGGAAAGGAGAUGUUUACAAGUGUCCAGUCUCAGGGUCCAGAAACAGCUGUGUGAAGCUCAAUCUCCAAGAUUCCGUUAGUAUUCCAGAUGUUAAAAACGUCAAUGACAACAUGUGCCUUGGUUUGACUCUUACCCGGAUGCCUACAGUCAAUGGUUUGCUGAUGUGCGGUCCUCUUUGGGGACAGCAGUGUGGCAGUCUGGACUUCUACCCAGGAAUAUGUGCGGGAUUGAGCCCCCUCUUUCAGCCUCAGCCUGCCUUCUCUCCUGCCGUCCAGACAUGUGGAGGGCCUAUGGACAUUGUGAUUGUUUUGGAUGGCUCCAACAGCAUUUAUCCUUGGGGUCCAAUGAUCGAGUUCCUCCAGAAAUUAAUACCCGGGCUCGACAUCGGGCCCAAAAACACACAGGUCAGCGUGAUUCAGUAUGCCGUUGACCCCCAGUUUGAAUUCAAACUAAACGAGCAUAAAACCAAAGAUGAGGUGAUGGCUGCAGCGUCCAGCAUCACACAACUAUAUGGUCAAUCUACCAAUACCUUCCAUGCGAUCCAAUAUGCCAGUCAGUGGGGGUUCCAUCAAAGUAAUGGCGCUCGACCAGGCGCUGCCAAGGUGAUGGUGGUCGUCACUGAUGGGGAGUCUCACGAUUUUGCUUUCAGAGAUACAGUCAUUGCCGAAUGUGACAAACAAGGCAUCACCCGCUUCGGUAUCGCUGUCCUGGGUUAUUACAUCAGAAACAACAUCAACACAGAUAACCUUGUAAAAGAAAUCAAAUCCAUUGCCAGUUUACCCACAGGGAAUUACUUCUUCAAUGUGUCAGAAGAGGCGGCCCUCUCCACCAUCGUUGGAACAUUGGGGAACCGAAUCUUUAACAUAGAAGGCACUGGAAAAGGGGACAAUAACUUCAAGAUGGAGAUGUCCCAGGUGGGAUUCAGCGCUCACUACUCCACCCAACAGGACGUGAUGAUGCUGGGAGCAGUGGGAGCCUACGCUUGGAGCGGUACCGUUGUCCAUCAGAAAGGGUCAAAUGUAGACAUUCUCCCUUUCUCAGCCUUUGAAGGAAUACUUCAAGACAGAAACCACAGCUCAUUACUGGGUUACUCUGUCACCACACUGAGUGAUGGGUCUACAGAAUACUUUGUGGCUGGUGCACCUCGCUCCAACCACUCUGGACAAGUUAUUGUCUACACCGUCGACACCAAGAAGCAAUCCGCUAUCAUAGAUUCAGAAAGAGGGAAACAGAUUGGGUCAUACUUUGGAAGCGUUCUAUGCUCCCUGGACGUGGACAAAGACGGGGUGACAGAUCUCCUGCUGGUUGGUGCGCCGAUGUUCAUGAGCGAGCAGAAGAGAGAAGAAGGCAGGGUCUACGUCUUUUCUGUCACCAAGGGUAUACUGAACGAGCAUGGAUUCCUCAGUGGUCCGACCCCAACUGAGAACGCACGUUUUGGGAUGGCCAUCUCUGCCAUUCCAGACCUGGACCUUGACGGUUACAAUGAUGUUGUAGUUGGAGCCCCACUAGAAGACAAAGAAAAAGGUGUCAUCUACAUCUACAACGGGGAGAAGAAGACAUUAAACAAACAGUUCUCACAGAGAAUCCUUGGCUCCAAACUGGAUCCUCAAUUGCAGUAUUUUGGAAGGUCCCUAGAUAGCUACAAAGAUCUGAAUGAUGAUACAAUCCCUGACAUCUCCAUUGGUGCAUAUGGCAAAGUGGUACAGCUCUGGUCCAGAGGCGUUGCAUCUGUCACAGCUAGAGCUGUUUUCAACCCUGAUAAAAUCAACAUUAUUAACAAACCCUGUCACAUUAAUGGACGCGAGCUUUCCUGUUUCAACACCAACCUCUGUUUCAGUGCUGCAUUCAGGCCUAAGAACCCUGUUGGGCCCAUUGAUAUAUCCUACAGUUUGACUCUGGACGCUGACUUGCAGGCUUCUCGCGUGAUGUCAAGAGGACUGUUCACUAAAAACAAUGACCGCCUCCUCUCAGAAAAGGCAAAAAUAUCAUCUACGCCCCUGUGUCGAGACUACCAGGUUUAUGUUCAGGAGGCACCAGACUUUGUCAAUUCCCUCAGUCUGAAAGUAGAAAUCGAGCAGCAGAAUGCAGAUGUGAACCCCGUCCUCGAUAUGUUUUCUCUGAGUGCCUGGGAGUUCUUUAUCCCCUUCACAAAAGACUGUGGCUCAGAUGACGUGUGUGUCAGUGAUCUGGUGCUGACUGUGAAGACAAACACAAAGGUGUCCAGCUCAGCUCCCGUUCUGGUCAGCGCUAAUGACCGAGAACUGUCAUUUGAAGUUGUUGUAAAGAACAAAAUGGAGAACGCAUACAAUACUCAGGUCUUGGCCAAAUACUCCAACAACCUCUACUACUCCUCCGUCUUUCUUCCCACUGAUGGAGUCAAAUGCGCCUCAACACAACCAGAAAUUGUCACUUGCCAAGUGGGAUACCCAGCAUUAAAAAAAGAUGAAGAGAUGACAUUUCAGAUCAAUUUUCAAUACAAUUAUGAUCAGUUGCAAAACCGAGCCGAGGUGAAAUUUGAGGCCAAGAGUGAUGGUAAAGAGGAAAGACCUGCAGACAACAACGUGGACAUAUCCAUUCCUGUUCGAUAUGAUGCAGGGAUUGUUUUAUCUAGGCAGUCAAAUAUCAAUUUCUACGUGGUAGAUGCUACCAUUCCAGUGGUAACAACAGUGAAUAAUCUAGAUGACAUCGGUCCAGAGUUUAACUUUACAGUGAAGGUUUCAACAGGUAACUUCCCUAUCAGCCUCGUGUAUCUGACCAUUGCUCUGCCAAUGACAACUAAAGGUGGAAAUAAGCUCCUCUAUGUUACCAGUGUGGACACACAAGCAGGAGGUUCUGUCAGCUGUGAUUCCAGCAGCCUGGUUGAUCCUCUGAAGAUCGGCGUGAAGAGCCACAAAGUGUCCUUCUCUGAGGAGAGCCUCCGAGGCAUGGAGAAACUGGACUGCAAGAGUGCAAAAUGCGAGUAUAUGAAAUGCAUCCUCAAAGACACUGAAGUUAAAAGCAACUACCUUGUCAAAGUUAAAACAAGGAUCUGGAUUGGCACAUUUAUUUCGGCCACCUAUCAGACCAUCGAGCUGACCUCCAGUGUUGAUGUUGAGUCCUCCAACCCUGAUAUGCUCAUUAUCGGCCUCAAACAGCUACCAGUGGUGGUGACAAUCAGUAAACCUGGAGAGAAAGGUGAUGUUCCAGUGGGAGUGAUAGUUGGCAGCAUCAUUGCCGGACUGCUGCUGUUGGCUCUGGCUGUUGGACUGCUGUGGAAGUUUGGGUUUUUCAAAAGAAAGUACCAGCAGCUUCAGAGGGAGGCCGAAGAUGACGCGCAGAGCCACGCACAUGUCGAUGAAGUGCUGUGAACAGAAGAGAAAACUUCUUCUCUCCUCACUGGAUUGUUUCCAGUGUGGAUACUGGUACUUGUCACUGGUUCUUUUAAAGUCCAAACAGACUACAGCUCAACCACUUGGGCAUUUUAUUGAAAUGGAAGCUGUUCAGUUUGUGGAUAACUGGGAUUUGAUUGUCUGUCCAUUUUACAGAGGAAUGUUGUUAUUAAUCUUUAUUUUUGAGCUUUGUGGACUAUUUGCUGUUAUGCACUGACUUUAAAUAUAAUAAUACAUGUAAAAACUGUAUUUUUUCCAUACAUGACUGAACCAUAGACAAUUCUUUUUUUAGGCCUUAGAUGACAUUGGAUGCAAAUGUUACACUGUAAAGGCAUCAAAUUAUGCAUUGCCUUUUGUUUUGACAAAUUCUGGGCAACAUGUUUGACAAAUAACAGUUUCAAUUAGGAAAGUCUUAUGAUCAUGUACAGUAUAUAGCUCAUUUGUCAAAACAUUGACCUUUUUAACACACAUGCUGUAGCCAGUCAGUCUCUAGCAUAAACUGCCUUGACAUCCACUGUCACCUCUGGCACUCAGGGCGUUUCUUGCAUUAAGACUAUUGAUAUCAGUAGCAAAAAGGAAACAAUGCCUAUCCUGGAAAGAGUGAAAUCUGUAAUUACUUUAUUUCAUUGUGUUUGUACUGUAUAUACUGUAAGAUAAAAUUAUGAUCUGUCAUAUUGGGUUUUAUAUAUGAAAAGAUUAGAGGCAAUAUGUGUCCAUGCUGUAGCUACUUGUGUUGUUAUUGUUAUUGAUAUUUUUUUUUACCACUAGUGGCACAACUUGUCAGGUAUGAAAAUUUUAGUAGCAUAUUGUUUAGGUCUGCAACUGACCAUUAUUUUCAUAAGUGAAUAAUCUGUUGAUUAUUUUCUCAAUUAAUCGAUUAUUGGUUUGGUUAAUGGUUUUCAGAAAUAUUUUUUUUAAAUACCUAUAACCGUUUCCCCAGUACCAAGGUCGUUUUGUCCAACAUACAGUCCAGAAACCAAAGAUAUUUACAUUACUGUCAUAUAAGACAAAGAAAAGCAGUUUGAACCAGUUUUUCUUUUGGCACUAUCAAAAUAGUUGCAGAUUAAUUUUCUGUUUAUCAACUAACUGAUUGAUUGUUUCAACUCUAAAAUUGUUUGUCUGUAGGUCAAAAGGACACAAUGCUCUAUAUCAACAAAACACUGUGUGCCAUGUUCAAAUACUGUUAUACUACAGAGCUGAAGUGUCAUACUCAGAAGCAUCUGAAUUGGUGCAUGGUGGUUGCCAAAAGCAGCAACCAGGUUAAUUCACUCCUCAAAUACACUAAGUCUGUACUUUUGUUCCUUACUUACAGUGGAGCGUUUGAGAGAUUUGAUCAAAGCUAAAUAAAUAUAAAUGUGUAUUGGCACAGCGUUGCCACAAGAUGGCAGCAUGAUAUAGAUGACAUGUUUGCAUUGUUCGUUUAUUUUCUCACUGCUCUGUUGAUGACUUGAACACUCCAUACCACUAUCAAUUAAUCCAUCAUGAUUUAUGAGCGAUUGUGUUUCUCGUGUCUUGUGUUGCCUCUGCUCCUCUCCUCUCUCCUGCUGGAACACAUGUAGAAAACCUGACCCUGCAGGCAACCCUACUUGGCCCGCCUCCUUCCAAACAUCAGUACAAUUGAAGUUUUCACUCAAACUCAAUUCAUUUCCUCUCACAUUUUUGACUGUUGUGUUCUCCCACCGUCAGGUUAGUCUGUCCCACGACUGUUUUGGAAUGUGUUUCUGACUUUUUUCCUUUUGAACGAGCCAACUCCAGCACCCAGCAGAGUCUUUAGCAUUCACUUCUUUGGAUUUGGUGAGGUGGAAUAUGCUAUUUAUCUCUAAUAAGUAGCAUAUUUUUUGGGAGCCUGGGCUCAAGCUUUCCUUGUUGGAGGGGAUAUAUAGAAUUUGAUAAAUGAUUGAACUGCUCUGUUUCACAUUACUCAUGCACUACAGUGUUGUGAAAUAGCCUUUGGAUUCUAUGUAUAUGUGUACAGGGAGCUAUGUGGAAAUAGUUGAUGAAAUGAGAUACAGUGGAAGUGUUUAAACACCUUUGUAAAUUCAUCCCUCUGGAGUUUCCUGCAGAUGAUUGGCAGUUACAGCCAAACAACUGACCCUGCAUGAUUGCUCACAAAUUGCGGCAGUAAAUCAAAAAUGAUGUCAUAGCAAAUGAGAUAAUAACUGUUGGCCCUUUUUUUGCACUUUGUAAGACCUUUAGCGCUACCUAAAUUUUGACUGUAGUUCUGGUUUCAUUGUAACUUCAUUGUAAAGACUUUUUAAAAAACUUUAAAGAGGAUCAUCAUUAACUUGACAAAUGAUUGAUGUGCAGGCCAGGUCCUGAAUUUUUCAUUUAUUUCAAAUAAAAACUUUAUGUCAUGCA